ACAGACUGCAUGACAGAGCAAGAGAUCAGUCUGGAAGGAUCUGGGCCCCGGUAGGAGGGACACCGGGAAGUGACUCGGCACCUGGGGCCCAUGACUCAGCAUGGGGGCCAACUAUAUAACAGGAGCCAGGGCCAGAAGCUGGGAGCCAGCAGGAGACACACACCUGGGGGAGGUAAGUACAUGGCAGCAGCCAGCAACUACUAGUGGGUUUAUAUUAUUAUUAUUAUUAUUAUUAUUAUUAACAUUAGAAAAUGUUUAAACAUAAACCAAAACACUGCAUGUUAGGAAAUUCAGGUAUUCAGUAAAAUUAAAUUCAAACAACAGUGACAUAAUGAAUGUAUUUGUAUUUUUUAAAGAUUUGUAGGAGUUUUCUAACUACUUGUGGUCUGGUGUUUAAAUAGGAUGAGAAACUUGUUGAUAAAAUAUAUAUAAUAUUAUUAUUAUUAUUAUUUGGGGAGGGAGAUAUAAUUAUGACAAGGUCUUGUAAACACAUAAAGCUGUAGUCCUAGGUGCAAUAGUAAAUGUGUUGGUUUUUGUGUUCGGAAUGUGAAUGGGAGGUUAAAAUAAAUCCCAGUCCAAUAUUCCAACUAUUAGGGGGGGAACAAGUCCCUACAUGUAAAAUAAAUUAACUUUUAUUAGUAUCUAGAUUACAAGGAACUUGAUAGGGUCUGUAAACAAUUUUUUUUUUUUUUUAUUUUUUUUUUGUGAAUGGAAGGGGUUUCCUGAAUAAUUGGGCAGGUCUAAUGUCCAAUAUCAGUUUUGAUCAUUUUCUAAAUAUUGUCAUUUUCCAGGUAACUAAUCGCUCAGUAGUAACAGAUUGGGUUUGGAACCAUGGAAUUACCUGAUUUAGGAAAGCAUUGCUCGGAAUCUACAUGUAAACGACUGGGUAUGUAAAAUAUUUUUUUUUUUUUUUUGUAGCAGAAUCCAGUAGUUUUUAUCAUUUAAAACUCAUUGUUUUGUACAGUGUCUAAAGGUUAUUGUUUUUACUAAGCAGUGAAAUGUCAUUAGUUGACAGAUGACUUUCAGUCAUAGACCUGUUGGGACAAAACUUUGCGAAAAAUUUUUUUGGCUAAUUUAGAAAAACAGUAUUACCACCAGAGAGAUUUUUUCACUUGUAUCAGAAGGUAUUCAGUGAAAGUUAAUGUCAUGUCCUGAUCCAUGUUUUUUGAAAUGCUGUAGAUUAAUAUAUAAUUUACAUUUUUAUUAGACUUUACAGAUCGUCAAGAUACAAACAUUAGGAGACUGUUUUCAAAUGCAAAUUUCCUAAAAGAGAAAAAUCAAAGUGGUCCCCUGUUUUGUGUGUGUGUGGUUGUUGUUUUUUAGAGAGCUAAAGAAAGUAUUUUCAGACUAUAAGUAGAGAAGGCUACCUGCAUAAGAAACCCAGACAGAGUAGAUGAGGUCAAAAAGCAAGAUAACUAAGGGGAGAUUAGUAAGAGGGGAAAAAAAAUACAUAAACUUCUUGUCUGGGUAUGGCCCCAGUAUGUACUCCCACCUGCUGUAGUAUAAUUUGGAUAACAAGCCUUUCAGAUAUCAUAGACUUCAAUAUCUAAUAAUGUAAAAAUUGAAAGGUGCUCAGAUUUACUGUACUACAGCCUCUGCACAGUUUUUGAUGAUGUAUAAAACUUAAAAAAAGCUACACACGGUACUAUUUAACUGUGUGCUAGACCAUUAAGACGUUAAUUCAAUAAGGACCCAAUUGGGUCCACAUCAGCAAAAUUCAGUUGAAUGAACAUUCCAAACCUCUUCCUGAUUUAAAUUUGUGUCCUAACACAAAGCGGAAGGCAAUGCUUUGAAUAGAGAAGCAUUGUAUUCAAGACUUUUUUUUUUUUCUAAGAAGCAUUACCUGGACAUUACAGCAGAUGUUAAUAAAACUUGCAAUCAAUGUCAGAGCUUUAAUGUCCAAAUGCCCCCAGAAUGGUACCAAAUUAAAUUUCAUAAUCCAGACCAGGGGCAUUUGGACUUGAGUGAAUGAGCCUCUUAGUAUCAAUAACAUCCUGUAUAGCAUUCCAAAAAUACUAGACUCUUGAAAUCCAGUGUGCCCCAGUUUAACUCCAUAUUUGCAUUAUCUACUGUUUUCAGAUUUUCUUCCCUUGGAAUGUGAUGCUUGUGGAGAUGUCUUCUGCAAGGAUCACCUAACCUAUGACCAGCAUAAAUGUUCCUCUGCUUACAAGAAGGUAUGUUCUCUAUGUACCAUGUUCACUUUUCUUUCUAUUACAGAUUAAAUAAAUACUUUCUACUUUGUGGUAUGCUGACCACAAGCAUUGAAAAGGCAGUCAUUGAAAUGGUUUACAUUAUGACAUUAAUAAAAACUUAGUGUUCUUGUCAGUUUUGAAAUUGGAGGACACCAGAAGUGUAGAUGCAAAAUAGUAUACAUUUGUUGCAGUUAACAAUGUUAUGAGAUUAUCAUUGAAUACUGUAUCUAUAUAACAUAACAUUUGAAUUUCAUUUGGACUAAUGCCAACUUUAUAUUUAGCCAAAGUGUCUAUUUUUGUUUUUCAAUGGGGUGAAUUUAAAAGCACUUAUAAAUGAAUACAUAUUCAAGUAAUGAUCAUCCCCUCCAAAUGUUUCAUGUUUGUAGAAAAUCAUCAGGUUCUAGUCCUCAUGAUGUGACAGAUGUUUGUGUAUAGUAAUUAUUUUUGCAGUUGCUCAGCAGGAGGUGUGUAUGUAUGAUUAUAUAUAGCAGUCUUAGAAUUGUUUUUCACUUUUUUAGAAUGUGCAGGUUCCAGUCUGCCCACUGUGUUCUGCUCCAGUCCCCAUAAAACGAGGAGAGAUGCCAGACGUAGCAGUUGGGCGACACAUUGACCGGAAUUGCAACUUUGAUUCUUCAAAUCGUAAAAAGAAGGUAAAAGCUAUGACUGGAUUAUGCGUAAAAUGCAGUUUAAACUGAUUAUUUGAAUCAUUAUGGAAUAGCUGGCAACCACAGACAGUUUCAGCCUCUUCUUAGCCUUGUCAGUCACAUCUUUCCAAUAUGGCCCGUGAGAGGUACAAGAGUUGAAACCGAACAUGCAGAAACUAACAGGGUUAUUUACCAAGGUAAUAAUUGUUAUAAAUGCUAAGUGAAACUCUAAGCACCAAAACAGCUUUAGCUUAAGGAAGCACUUUGGUGUAUAUAUUUUGUACCUGCAGUCUCUGUGCUUAGAUCCCUGCCAUAUAGGAGUUAAAUCACUUUAUAUUUAUGCAGCCCUAGUCACACCCUCCUUGCUGUGACUUCCACAGCCUGCAUGGAACAAUGGUUUAAUUUUCAGUCACAUAUGGCAGCACACUGCAUGUACUUUAGAGGUUCUGAACUUUAAUAAUGCACAGUAGACUCCUGCAGGCUCUUAGCAGAACAGGAGAUAAUAAAUUCUAUAUUAAACACACUGUGCAAUCGAAAGUUUAAACUAUGGAUCUCUCUUAACAGGAAGUGUGUAGGGAGACUGUAGGUCACAUGCAGGCGAGCUGUGACUAGGGCUGCAUGAACAAGUGAUUAAACUCCUAAAUGGCUGAGAAUGAAGAAGUGUGACUGCAAGGAGAUGAUCUAUAUACAAAAAACUAAAUUAAGCCAAACGUGGUCUGGAGCGUAGUGUCCUUUUUAAAGGGAAAAAGUUGACAAACUGUUAAAGUUUGGUCUACAAUGUGUUAUUCACGUUAAAUUCCCCACAAUUCUCACUUCAGUAAAUAACCUUUCUAAUGCUUGAGACAGAGCAGCCAAAUCCACAUCAUAUAAAGUACGGAAUGACCGGGCACACGGGAAAUAUAUGGCUAGGAAAAUGUAUUUACACAAUGAUUAUAUACCAUAACUCCAGACUUAUUGUACCCAGUUGUUUCUUACUUGCCAUGAAUAAGAGAAACUCAUGUAUACAAAAGAAUAAGAAGCAAUAUACAAAGAAAGGUCAAGUGCCUGCACUGCUUUAUCAACCGCAGCAGCCUAAGCAAAAGGAAAAACAAAAACUACUUGUGCCAAGAUCUCACCCUUAACUCAGAAUGUUAAAUCUAAUUCCUUUUAAUUGGGAUUCAGGUUGCUGCAGUACUUUUAGGAAAGUUUUGGUUUAUUGUAGAACAUCAUUUGCUUCUUACUCCUAGAUAUUUACCAACAAAUGCUUGAAACCUGGGUGCAAGAAGAAAGAACUCAUGAAGAUUGAAUGCGACCUGUGUCACAACAACUUCUGCCUUUCUCACAGACAUCCUCUGGACCAUGAUUGCAAAGCCAACAGCCGACCACUGUCCAAAUCUGGGUAAUACAUAUUUAUCAGUUCUCACUCUACUUUAUGAUGGACAAGUGCCUGGGAUUUACUAAUAUGUAUGGAGUUCUUGUGCUAGGAACUGUUUACUAUUUUAGCCCUUUGCCUGACAAAGGUGUGUGUGUAUGAGACUAGUACAUCAAACCAGAGGGAUGGGAAAGCUAGCAGCUUCCCUAGGCAAGGUUGCAAACUUAAAUAAUAAAGGAGCCUCCAAUAGGUAAGCAUUUUGGGGUAUAUGCGGAAAUUUCUAAUCGGUAAUUGCAAAGUGCUUAUUGCCAUCUCCUCAUAAAGAUACAAAGAUUGCAGGAUCACAAAAGGAAGCGCCUCUAGAUGCUGUAUGAGUUACAACCACUAGAAGUGUUUUAAGCCGUAGUGGUUCUGGUUCUUUGAGUGCCUGUUUAGCCUAUUCUGGUAGAAUAUAGGUAUUUGGUGUAUACAAAAAUGGUUCUUGGUUUGAAUGAGACAUAAUGCCAUAAAUCUGAAAUUUUACUCAUUGUUUCUUUGUAGACAUGCUGCCUUAAACCGAUUCGUAAAUGCUUCUCGGCAAGAUAAACUCACAAUCAACACAACAGAGAGUUACAAACAAUGUAAAAGUGUGAAAUUGCAACAGCAGAGGUAAUUCAUGGGUAAUAUGUACUUUCCAUUUGUGUGUAUGUAAUGUUUUAUUCUCUCUCUCUCCCCCCAUCUUUUUAAACAUUUAUUCCCAUUAAUAUAUUUUAUUUUUUUAUUUUUUUUAGCUCAAAUCUUCCAGCCAGUCAAGCAUCCAAUGUGUCAAAUGUUGAUAUUCAAAAUGGACUGGUAAGUGAAAAGUCUUUUUAAUGUAACUUUAUUUUUGAAACAAAUGAAUUUCACACAUUUUAAUUGUUUAAAUUCUCAUAUACGCACAUUUUAAAUCCCCUUUCUCUGUCAAAUGAGCGAGGUGAUGUAACACGGCCAGUUACAGCUUUUAUAAUGGUAUAUGUGGACAGAAAGUGUUCUGGGCAAAUGUUGUAUUUCUUAAACUGUGUACUUUGUCUUUAAGAGAAUUUGCAAACUGACAAGGUGUUAGAAAUGGAACAUAUUGUUUUUCAUAACUGUUUAAACAAUAACCUCAGUGCAUAAUAUGUUUGCGCCAUUUUUUCGUAGACGAAUUACAAUAAUGCAUAAACAAGUUUCAAGGCUAUGCUACAACUCUUUCAGUACACAAUCUACUGUGGUAACCUUAGUAGAUAUUCAGACUUUAAGAUGCCAUCUUGAACUAAGUCAGGAAAAUUUCCAUGACGUAUACAUCCUUUAGUUAAGGCCAUAACUAAAGUAAAAGCAGUGUUACUUUUUCAUAUAUGAAUUACAGUGAUCCUAAAAUGGAGACACGUAAGGUAUAAAUAGGUGUAAUUUUAAAUGUUAAGAAACAGAGGAGAGACUUGGAGACAGACGCUGCUCCAUCUUAAAAUGACAGAGAGGCUGACAUGAUAUGUUCAGGAGGGUAUGUUUACCUAUUAAUGAUAUUUGCAAGCAUUUAGAUUAAUCGUAUAAACUCUGUUAUAAUGGAUUUUAUGUCUAUAUUUUUAUAUAAUAUCUAAAAAGACAAAACUAUUGCUUCCAAGACAAUCCUUAUUUUAUAUUGUAUUCUCAAUUAUUUAUAUAUGUUAAAUAGAGGAUCUCUUACACUAUAUAAAAUUAUGGCUAAGAUAUCUGUAUGGUUAGCCCUACUAAGUUCAAUGCUUUAAGACAUUAUAGUGGUAAAUAAGGGAACCAGCCGCGGUUAAAAAAGAAACUGACCUUGUAGAGUGGGAAAAAUAGAGAUCAAAUAGUGGGGUAGCUCCCCCUACAGUUAAUAUAAAAUAACACAAAUACGGUGCAAAUACACAAAUCUCAAGUGGUAUAAUUAAGCUCCCACAUUAGGUUCAAAAGUAUAGUGUAACAGGAAGAAUUGAUAAAAAUCCUAAAAGAACCAGGAGAUGGCUAGUGGGAAAAAAUAGAAAAACAAAGGUAAUUAUUGAUAGCUGUAUUCAAUAGUGUAUAGUAUAACUCUUGAAACAAGUAAUAAUAGAAACAUAUAAGUAUUAAAUAGCAGACCCACAAUAGAUAGUCAGGAAAAGUGCUACCACUAACUGGAAAAAAGGGGCAUAUAAACGAAGUGGUGAGUAGAGUGAAACAAAAAAUGUAAUGAGUACAGUCCUGGGACCGAAGUAAAAGGAGGCUGUGGGAAUAUUACAUAUUAUAUCUGGAUAAACACUUAUGUUAUAAGGAAACAUUUCCUUAUAACAUAGGUGUUUAUCCAGAUAAGGAAACGUUUCCUUAUAACGUGGGUGUUUAUCCAGAUAGCUGUUACAUAAUUGCUAAGAGACAUUUGACAGACUGCUCUUAUUCUGAACUAUAUUAUUUGGUAUUUAAUCAUACUUUUAUAUCUCAUCAUUCCAUUAUCUUGAAUAUAUUUGGAUGUAAUAUUCCCACAGCCUCCUUUUUCUUCAGUCCCAGGACUGUACUCAUUACAUUUUUUGUUUCACUCUACUCACCACUUCUUUUAAAUACCCCCUUUUUUACAGUUAGUGGUAGUACUUUUCCUGACUAUCUAUUGUGGGUCUGCUAUUAUUACUUGUUAUAUGAGUUCUACUAUACACUAUUGAAUACAGCUAUCAAUAUUUACCUCUUUUUGCAUUUUUCACUAGCCGUAUCUUGGUACGUUUAGGAUUUUUAUCAAUUCUUCCUGUUACAUAGUUUUUGUGACUGCUUGACAUAAAUUGUGUGUGGCACAAUCCAUCAAAUUACAUACUUGCCUUGCAUUACAAUCACUACAACAGCAUGGUAAGAACACGUAAAAUACAUUAUAGUGAUAUUUACUGUUGCUGAUUAAUAUUUUCUUUCUUUAUCCCUUUGUGUUGCAUAAAGGUGACAUCUGUGCGUUGUUUUACAUGCUACUCUAGCUUGGGAAAAAAAGAAUCCAGCCAUUGGGUUAAACCUCAUAAAACACUUGUUUUUAUGCUGUUGUUCCAAAAUGAGGCGGGGAAACAAACUUUUAAGUGAUUUAAAAUGAACAUAAAAAAAUCCUUGAUUCCAUAAUGGCAAUCUUUGUCCUUGGGUCAACAACCUGCUUUACAUUAAACUUGCCUGUCUGCUUUGCUCGAUUUUGGUUAAUUAAUUACAAAUGGACAGAGAGGAAAAAAAAUUGAGUUUAUGUCCAAAAUUGAAACAUGAGUUCAUAUACUUACCCCUACUAACUGCAUAAAAAUCAGGGCUAUGUGACCGUUUUCAGAUAUCCUAUGUAAUCUAUAAAUAAUGGAUUUGGUUAAAAAUCUAAUUUUAAUUGCAUUUACCAUCAAAGAUCAUUGCAUUUUACAUGCUUUUAAACCAUAUAUCAUUUAUUUUAUUUAGAGUGAAGAUGAUGCUCUUCAGAAGGCCUUGCAGCUGUCUUUACUGGAUGCUGGGAUGCGUGAUGUCCUCACUCUAAGGUAUGAAUCCACUGCAGAUAUAUUUUAAAUUAAGGCGUUAGUAGUACUAAAGAGGGACUUGGAUAUGGGUGACUGUGGAAGAGCUUUUUUUGGGGGUGGGGAAGGGGAACUGUAUCCAUAGACUACUCAAAACACCAUUCCCCAAACAAUGAGUUGCAAUGGUUAUGGUGACUUUGAGCAUUCCUAAAAGAAUAGAUACUGCUCUGGGACUUCUAGCACCAUAACAACUAGAGCGGGCUAUAAUAGUUAUGGUGCUGAGAGUGUUUCUUUAACUUAUGAGCCUGCUGAUCCUGCAACGUCUGUUGUAAUAUUUUUGGUGAAACUUAGGUGUAGUUUUUGCCAUCUCAAAGCUUUGCCAAGUUUUACCCAUAGCUGAUAAUAGGGCAAAAUUUGAAGCUGGGCUCCAGAGAAUAUGAGAAAGUGGUACUAUUCAGAAAGGGUAGUACAUUUUAAAAGAUCUUCUUUUUAUUUUUUUGUACUUAGUCACUUGUCUUCAUAAUGCUCCCUGUGAUGGGUUGUUAGAAACCUUAUAAGAUGCGCGAAGGUCCAUUUUCCUGAGCACCUCAUGGGUAGCAUAUAUCACGACUUAUGACUCAUCCUGUAGAUAUCUAGAAUUGACCUUCCAUUGAAGUGGUAAAGGAUUACUAAGUAGUAAAGGGAUAAUUAAAUUCUAAUUUAUUUUAAAAAAUUUAAACCAGCUUACUUUGCUUCCCUGAUUAAUAAACCAUUUUGGAAUGGCCCUUACAGCCAUCAGAAUCUACUCUGAUAAUACAAUAUUGCAAAUUUAAAAACCAGUUUUGAAUGUUUAGUAAAUUUCUGCCUUACUGAUCAUUUGGAUAGAAGUACAGUAUAUUUUUAUUUUCUUAAUAUAUUUUGUAUUAAAAUUUAUAGCAGUCCUGAGGAAGAUAAUAAUGAACUAACUCAAGCCUUAAAAGCCAGCCUGGAAGAGUACAGAAAUUGUCGAAUGAAGAGUGUGAAAGCCACUGGAAAAUGAAUUGUGAUUCAAAUCUGCAUUAAGGGAUCUAUUCAGCAAAAUAGUGAGAUGUGAUAUUGGACUGCAACUCCUAUUUCUCAGCCAGCUGGUUUCUCCAUCUGCACUGUCCACACAAUAUGCUAUACAGUGAAUGCUUAUUUUUCUAUGCUUAAAGUAAAGUUUACUCUAUUUUUGCUAACAUUUUUGGAUUCUUCUGAAUGAGGUAGACUUUUAAUUUAAUUAUUUUAUUUACUCUGGUUGUUUCUAGUGGACCAUAUUAACUGCUAUUAACAUUUAAAUUUUGUGUAUUCUUAAUCUUGAAUGGACGUGUUCAAUCCAACCUGUAAAUAUUUAAAAUGUGGAUUAAGCGUUUAGGGAUUGAAUAAAGUACCCUAUUUUUAUUAAA